UUCUUUCCCACUUUCCUUACCCAAUCCCACCACCUCUCCACCUUUUUAUUUUCACUUUCAGCACUGCAGCUCUGAUGCCCAACUCUGCCAGGGCACAGAUCCUUAAAGGUCAGCUCUACACAAUGACCAAUUUGGAGCAACCAGACCAGCAGUUCCUCAUGCUUUUUCUCUGGACAGAUGGCUCUGUAAUGGCAGCUCCAUAAUGGUGGCUGGUGAGGCUGAGGUGCUCAUGAGAGUUGUUCUCCUGCUGUUCUGGGUUGGAAUAUCUCUGUCCCCUUCUGGCUUCUCUCAAGCUGAGCCCUCCCGAUACCUCAGGUCCCCAGAAGUGGUGACCCCCAUGAAGGUGACUGGUAGGGGCAGAAGUGCAAAGACUUCAGGCUGGCUCUCCUACAGCCUGCAGUUUGGGAACUGGAGACACGUCGUCCAUAUGAGGGUCAAGAAGCUCUUGGUUUCCAGACACCUCCCGGUGUUCACACACACAGACCAGCAUGUACUCCUCCAGGAUCAGCCUUUUGUUCCUGAUGACUGCUACUAUCAUGGUUAUGUGGAAGGAAUCCCUGAGUCCCUGGUUGCCCUCAGUACCUGUUCCGGAGGUUUUCGGGGAAUGCUACAGAUUAAUGACCUUGCUUAUGAAAUUGAGCCCAUCAGUUACUCUACCAAAUUUGAACACUUGGUUUAUGAGAUAAACACUAAUGGGACACAAUUCCCGCCUAUGAGAUGUGGCUUAACAAAGAAAGAGAUAGCACUCCAACAGCUGAAAUUUGAAGAGGUUAAGAAGUCAACUUUGAAACAAAAUUCUAAUGAUAAAUGGUGGACCCACUCAUGGUUUCUGGAGCUGGUUGUGGUGGUAGAUCACAAUUUCUUAAUUUAUUCUCAAAGCAACUUCUCAAUGGUGCAGGAGGAUGUAUUUCUUGUUGUCAACAUAGUGGACUCCAUUUAUCAACAGUUGGGUACUUAUGUGAUUUUGAUUGGGAUUGAGAUUUGGAAUCAAGGAAAUAUUUUCCCAAUGAUAAGCAUAGAACAGGUUCUGAAGGAUUUCUCUCAGUGGAAACAAAUCAAUCUUUCUCAGCUACAGUAUGAUGUUGCACAUUUUUUCAUAAAAAAUUCACUUAUAAGUGUACUUGGUAUAGCCUAUGUUGCAGGAAUAUGUCGUCCUCCUAUUGAUUGUGGGGUUAAUAAUUUCCAAGGAGACUCCUGGUCUCUUUUUGCCCUCACUGUAGCCCAUGAGUUAGGACAUACUUUGGGUAUGCAGCAUGAUGAAGAAUUCUGUUUGUGUGAGCAAAGUGGUUGCAUCAUGAAUGCUAUCAGAGUACCAGCAGAGAAAUUCACCAAUUGCAGUUAUAUGGAUUUUACAAAAACCACUUUAAACCAGGGAUCAUGUCUGCACAAUAUUCCACGUCCAGGGGAAGUCUUUAUGUUGAAGCGCUGUGGGAAUGGUAUAGUUGAAGGAGAAGAGGAAUGUGACUGUGGAUCUAUAAAGCAGUGUGAACAAGAUCCCUGUUGUCUGUUGAAUUGCACUCUGAGGCCUGGGGCUGUUUGUGCUUUUGGGCUUUGUUGCAAAGACUGUAAAUUUGUACCAUCGGGGGAACUCUGUAGACAUCAGGUCAAUAAAUGUGACCUUCCAGAGUGGUGCAAUGGGACAUCCCAUCAGUGCCCAGAAGAUGGAUAUGUGCAGGAUGGGAUUCCCUGUGGUGACAAUGCCUACUGCUAUCAAAAGAGAUGUAACAGCCAUGACGAACAGUGCAGGGAGAUUUUUGGUGAAGGAGCAAAGAGUGCAUCUCAGAGUUGCUAUAAAGAAAUCAACUCCCUGGGAAACCGUUUUGGCCACUGUGGUAUAAAUGGCACGACAUACCUAAAAUGUAAUACCUCCGAUAUCUUUUGUGGGAGAGUUCAGUGUGAGAAUGUGAGAGACAUACCCCAUCUGAGAGAUCACUCUACUUUGCGGCAAACUCACAUCAAUGGUGUCACCUGCUGGAGUAUUGACUAUCAUUUAGGAAUGGACACACCUGAUGUUGGUGAAGUAAAAGAUGGCACCAUGUGUGGUCCAGGAAAGAUCUGCAUACACAAGAAGUGUGUCAGUUUGUCUCUCUUGUCACAAGUCUGCCUGGGUGCGACCUGCAACAUGAGGGGGGUCUGCAAUAAUAAACAUCACUGCCACUGUGGCUAUGGGUGGUCCCCACCCUAUUGCCUGCACAGAGGCUAUGGAGGUAGUGUUGACAGUGGCCCAGCAUCUGUCAAAAAAGUUUUCUUGCUACUAGUUGUGAGUCUUAUUUUGUCUGUUUUGUUUUUGCUGUCAACUGCUGUAUUUAUGUACCUUAGAAAACCUUUUUGCCCCAAGGAGACUAAGGCUCAGUCUUCAGGUUAGGAAAAUGCCUCUAAUUUAAUAUCCUAUGCAUAAGUUUUAGUCUCUUGGCAGUGGAAAUGUUACUACCUGCCUGAAACUGAGCACAUUUCUGACAGU